AUGGAAGAAGAAGCCACUUACAGAAUCACUUAUAAUGAUCUUACUCUCCCCUCCGUGAGUGAACAAAAAAAUUUUGUUCACUCACGGAGGGGGUUAAUUUUAUUUUUUAAAACAAUUUAUAUAUAAAUUUUAUAAAAAAUAUUUUUUUUCGAAAUUUAAAAAAAUCCUAAUUCGCAAAAAUUGGAAAGCAAAUAUUAAUUUAAUUUAUAAAAUUUAUGUUUUAAAAAGCAAUUUGUUUAAAAUUAAACAGCAUUAGCUUUAGAUUUCAUUAUACUAAUUAUCAUUAGUAUAUCAAAAUUUUUUCUAUAAAAAAAUUUUUGUUCACUCACGAAGGGUGGGUUUUUGGGCAAAAAAUAGCGAUUUUUCCAAUGUUUUGUUCACUCACAGAGGGGGGGAGUUAGCAAUUUGACUUCUCUGCAAACACUCUCUUCUUUAAAAGCAUCUACAAUAUCCCAUACAAAAUCUUGAAGUUUCGUGGAAACAAAUCUAGAAGAAGAUUUGGACGAAUCCAAUAUCUCGAAUGACGAUAAUAAAUUUUAAAUAAAUUAAUACCUUAAUAAUAGCAAAAUAGCUCUAUUUUGUAUAAUAAAUAAUUUAGUAUAUAAAAAAAAUAAAAAAAUAAUUUAUUUUAAUAAAAUAUAUGGACGAAGGAUAUUAUUUAAAAUCAAUUUCCAGCUUUGAGAAGCAUUAUUUAGGCAUGAGUAUGUGACCUCAGAGCAGCAUGGAGUUUUGUAGCAGUAUUAGAGAGAAGUUUAAAAAGCAACGAAAAAAAUACGAGUGUCUGAAGCAGCAACUGGACUGUGUGAAACUAGAACUGAGACAGACUGAAAGGGAGCUAGGGUUAUCAAAAGAAAACUUGAUUAGGAAAGGAGACGAAAGAGAAAAGUUAAAAGAGAACUUAAAUGAAGCUUUAGAUUUAAUUGGUGUUUUAGUACUCAAAAUGAAUCAGCUGCUACCUUAUCUUAUCUUAUAGAAUUUAUACGCUUAACGUCCACUACGGGUGACAACCCCAGGUACUGUCACUCGCCUUGCGUCGCAUCGGGCCCACAGGUCGCUGGGUAUGGCCUGCUUCGAUCGCCAGGGUGCUUCUCGGGAGAGUGUUUCCGGCUUCGACGGCUCAUGGAUGAGCUGCUUGCUUGUUACAUGGGUUGCUUUUCCGAAAAACCCAAAAAAUGGAUUUUUCUGGUCGGCUAUCGGCAAAAAGGAAAAACACGUAGCCUGGGACGUAACGCCCAGUUUCACGCUAGGGAGUUGCCCGAUUGGUCCUAACGGACUCUGCUGAGCUUCCCCUUUCCAACUCCGUGCCCUCCUUCCCCACGAGGAAAAAUCCACCCCUGAGAAUAGACUAGGACUAGGCUCUGAACACCACCAGAAUUGCUUACCUAGUAUUGCCGUCCAUCUCUAGAAUGGUAAAACCUUGCCGGAUAUAAUUAAAAUAUGAGUCGAGGCCGCAUGGCCUGGAGGCCAUGCCCAGACGAAGACGCAUAUUUAAUUAUGAAUCAGCUGCUACCAUAUUCUAAUGAUAUAAUGCCAACGCCGAAAUUCCAGCUCUCACCAAGGAAUGAUAAAGAAGAAAUAUCUUUUAUGAGAUAUUAA